AUGGAUAUCGCCCUCGAAGUCUGGGACACCUUCAUCGGUGACCGCUUAUACGCCGCUCUUCUCCCCGUCUCGCUUUCGUCCUCAGUUUCGUUCCCUGGCUUUAAUCAUGCGGCCAAUAACACACUGUCCUUCUUCGGCGCAUCCCAGCCCUUCAUCUAUGAACCGGCCACGCACCUGAUUUAUCUGGAACCCUCGAAGUACGCGUACAUGAGUGCUUGGCCUAGGAACAACAUCUAUCGCCAAUUCCUGAGCUUCUUCUUGAUUGUCUGGAUAUUCGGCCUUAUCACCUAUUUCAUAUCUGCAACACUGUCUUAUAUUUUCAUCUGGGACAAGACUACCGUCAAACACCCGAAGUUCCUCAAAAACCAAAUUCCCAUGGAGAUUGCACAGACCAUGGGAUCUAUGCCCAUCAUGUCUCUUCUGACUGCCCCUUUUUUGGUCGCCGAGGUACGGGGUUAUGCAAAGUUGUAUGAUGGUUUCUCCGACGAGCCUUUUCCGUACUACAGCAUCAUACAGUUCCCAUUGUUCAUUGCAUUCACCGAUUUCUGCAUUUACUGGAUCCACCGCGGCUUACACCACCCGUUGAUCUAUAAGUCUUUACAUAAGCCGCACCACAAGUGGAUUAUGCCCAGCCCUUUCGCCUCACAUGCCUUCCAUCCGCUGGAUGGAUGGUCUCAGAGUGUCCCAUACCACGUAUUUCCGUUCAUAUUCCCACUCCAGAAGGUCGCCUACGUUUUUCUCUUCGGUUUUAUUAACCUCUGGACCGUAUUGAUCCAUGACGGCGAAUAUGUUGCCAACAGCCCGGUCAUCAAUGGGGCUGCCUGCCAUACAAUGCACCAUCUUUACUUUAACUACAAUUAUGGGCAAUUUACCACGCUAUGGGAUCGAUUGGGAGGGAGUUACCGAAAACCAAACGAGGAACUUUUCCGCCGUGAGACAAAGAUGGACAAGGAGGAAUGGAAGAAACAAACCGAAGAGAUGGAAUCUAUCCUCAAGGAUGUCGAAGGAGACGAUGAUCGCAAAUACCUAGUCGAGGAUGAGUCUAAGAAGGACCUAUAA